UCUCUCUCUCUCUCUCUCUCUCUCUCACAACUUCUAGCUCUAUAUAUGGUGUAUUAUUGGAUUAUUACAUAACCUAUCUACACAGCAAGGAAUGGUUGAGAGAGAAGAAAGUGCAAUUUGCAAAAGCUGCUGAGCUUGGUUUGUUCAAAAGAAGGAGGAUUUCUUAAUUCAGUGAUAAUUGCAUCCAGCUGAUACUAAGCGACAUGACGAGCUGCGUCGAUGUUGCGACUGAGCAACUCUGUUACAUCCCUUGCAACUUUUGCAGUAUUGUACUCGCGGUGAGCGUUCCAUGCAGCAGCCUAUUUGACAUUGUGACCGUCCGAUGCGGGCGCUGCACCAAUUUAUGGUCCGUGAACAUGGCCGCAGCCUUUCAGUCACUGUCCUGGCAAGAUGUUCAGGCACAAAACUACAACUGUAACUCUCAAAACUACCGGAUUGAUUCGGGCUCCUCUUCCAAAUGCAACAAGAAGAAUGCAACCGGAGACCCAACUUUAUAUCCUGCCACGGAAGAAAGGGGUGUGAACCGACCUCCCGAGAAGAGGCAACGUGUACCUUCUGCAUAUAACCAGUUCAUAAAGGAGGAGAUUCAGAGGAUCAAGGCUAAUAAUCCAGAUAUUAGCCAUAGAGAGGCUUUCAGCACUGCUGCCAAAAAUUGGGCGCACUUCCCUCGUAUUCAUUUUGGGCUGAUGUUGGAGACCAACAGUCAGGCUAAGCUGGACAAUAUAUGACCCUGAGAAACAUCUUAUGUCAAGGGCUGCACUACUGAAUAACUGAUGGCCACGAUAAUUUCCGGCAACGACGCUGGUGAUAUCAAAGUUGUUGUUAGUGUAAAGGAAUUGCCUGGACUGAUCUACUGUGUUGUUCUUUAGAACAUUUCAAUAUCCUUCUUCUUUGUACCUGUCACUACUCCCCCUUAUUAGGGAUUUUCUUUUGCUACGUGACUUAGAAUUAAGCAAUACGCUACUUUCCUUAAUUUAAUUUGUUAUCUUGAUCAAUAUUACUUAGUUUACAGUUUCCAACA